CCUAUUGCUUGCCUUACAAUUAUUGUUUGUCAAACCCAUUUUCAAUGUGCAGCUUACAGAAUCGUCCAGAGAUCCCUAUGCUGCGUGCACCUUUGCAUGAAGAGAGAGAAAGUCAUUGUUUGUUCAAACACAGAUAAGAACGCGACAUUCAAUUUUCUUGAAUAUUCGUCUUUCGUGUAUGGACUUCCAAUCUACCGGAACGUGGAAAAAUUUUCGUACUAUGUUACAACAGCAAAAAUGGACAACGUUUACGUCGUUGAGCCGAAUUUAAAUGCUGCCAGCGCACCAAACACAAUUGUCGUUUUGGAGCGAAAUGAAGAACGCGACCAGUAUCCGAACCGUUUGGCCGAGAUGUGCAAUGAAAAAUUGGGAUUUGGACAGUGUUUGUGUGGUGGAAUCUUGGCGGCUGUGGGUUUUGCGCCGUGCAGAAAUGUUCCUCACUGCUCAAGAACCACCGAGAUGUGGAUCAACAUUGCUGGUGGGUUUUUGUAUUUCAUCAUUGGAAUGACUGCUGUUCAAAUUUUUAAAAGAAAAGCAACCAAAUGCCAAACAGCACUUCUAGCAGGCUUGAAUGCAUUUUGUCUCCUAGCCAUCGCAGCAUUUGUAGUGAUUUCCACUUUAAACCUCAUAGAAUGCUCGGAAUCAAUGUGCAAGUUUAGUAGAGGACUUGAAAUAGCCUUCGCUCCUGUGGCAAGUGUUUUGUCAGUUUGCCAAGUGGUCAGAUGCUGGAGAAAGAUAAAGACAAUUCAGAUACAUGAAGAAGUUAAUAAUGAUAGCGACAGCGUUAUCAGCAACGAGCAGUCAAUGACGACACCAAUCAUAAUGCAGGACAGCCUUCAAUCAAGUACGUCAGUCCCCGAAUCUCAAAUCGCAGAGCGCUGCAGAGGAACAUCGGGAUUUCCUCAAGGACCACCUCCUCCAUAUGAAUAAAGAUUCUAGAGAAGACCAGGACGAUGACGUAAGAAUCUGACAGUUUGUGAUACUGCAUAAACGAAAGAGGUCGUUUCCAUAUUUAUUAGUGAUUUAUUUGUAUACGAUUUUUUGUAUACGCAGUAAUAAUUUAUUGAGAGAUACACUGUAUCUUUGGUUGAUUACGAAAAGAUGAGUCCCUUUCCUAUGAACGAACGAAGGAAAGAGGGGAUUUUCUUACCAAGAUGCAAAACUUUGGAACAAUGUUUAUAAUGGGGCUAGAAGAAGCUCUAGUUUUCGCUAAAAAUAAUGUUUUCACCAUUGUAACUUCUUUUAGAUCUAGUUUAAC